GCCAGGGUUUGGCGAGCGGAGGCGAUGACGUCAUCGUCAUAACGGAGCGCGCCGCGUGACGUCAGCCCGGGGCCUCGUUUCGUCCGCCGCGACUGCGGAAGCGGGAGACGGAGGCGGCGGCUCCACGCAAUCCACGCUCCAAGGGCUUCGGUCUCUUCAUAUUCAGGCUCCAGGGCUCAGGGCUCCAGGCCGCCAUGACCCGCCUGUCCCGCUUUGCGCUGCGCGCGGCCUCCCUACUCGGCCUUUGGGCGGCUCUGCUGGUGGCGGGACCGGCGCUGCCGGCGCCCGUGCGGGCCGCCCUGGUGCCCCUGCCGGCCUACGCCCUGGUGCUGCUCGGCUGCUACUCGCUGGCGUCCGUGGGGAUCGGCUUGGCAACGUUCGGCGACUGCCCCGAUGCGGCCAAGGAGCUGGCGACGCAGAUCGGGGAGGCACGCCGGGACCUCGCCUCCAAGGGCUUCUCCUUCUAGUGGAGUGGUGGGGGGAGGCGGAGGGAGGAGGCCACCCAUAACCCACUACGUCUUUGCGAGAGCCCGCCGGGCCGCGGUGUUCGAUGUCGGAUGGCGCGGGUAGCGGACGCUGUCUGGAAUAUUGACUCUUUACGUGAAUGAUGAAAAAGAAACCUGUCGCUGGAGGUACUGGUGUACGAGAGACAUUGGUGUAAGAGAUGCUAGUGUAAAUUUCCAAGUGUAUUUUUUGAACCAAAAUAUACCCCAAGAGACCACGGUGAGUCUCAUUUGCAAGAGUGACCUGGGUCACCAAUAAGAAAAGUAAAAACGUAAACUUAAGUGCUGUACAACUAUUAAGCAAAUAGGAAUCAGAUCAAAAUAAGCAAAUAGCAGAGCAGAGAUGACCGCAUUGAAGUAAAAUUGGACACGGUGCACAAACAUCAACCGGUAUUGAAUAAAAUAAACUUGCAAAAA